GAUCCUUGUCGGCACUAGCUCUAUCUCUACUCUGUCAUUUUUCUGCAGGUCAGGCACGAUCCGGUCAACUACCUACCUAAGAACGUUACUACCCAGUAGACGGUGACUUUGCGUUCGUUGGAGGCUUGAGUCAGAUCCCAACUGUUGAUUGGAACACUUCGCGAGACAACUUCACAAUUCUUGUGCUACUCGUCAAACAUCUCAUCAAAUUGAUCAACAGGGAGAAUACUUUCCUUCGUCGACAUGCUAUCAACAACCGCGAGGAUGGGGAAUACCCUUCCAGGUCAAACCGCAACACCGACAGCCAAGAUGGAGCAAAAGGAGCUUCAUCAAAGUGCUCCCCGGCAUUUGAAAGAAGCAUUCAAGCUUUGUAAACAGACUACUUAUACCGCAACAGAAGAUUCUCCUUCUAUCACUGGAAUGAUCAAUCUAGAAACCCUACCAAUAGAGGCGCGCAACACAGCUUUUCAAGAUUUUAUGAGUGCCGCACCUCUAAACACCUCUCAAAAGAGAUGCUCGACCGGAUCACUGAAUCACGAGUUACCUUUGUCUAGAUCACAACUAGAAGGUUCAUCGUAUGGUUCUGGGACUAUACCUGGUCUCAUGGUUUUUCCAUCUCUCAUUCCCCCAGAGGUUCAGAAAGAGUUGAUCCGGCGUAUAGUACACCGUGAUCUUGUUGAACCAAAGCACAUGACCAAUUUACAUGCCCAUUACGAUGUCGAAUUUCCACCUUGUGAAAUUGCUUCUAGGGAAUCAAUCGUUGCCAAGCCAAAGGAUCCCACAGUACACCCAAAAGCACUAAAUUACUUGGAAGUAAUGACGAAAAAGUUGCGCUGGAUCACUCUUGGAGGGCAAUAUGACUGGACAAACAAAGUGUAUCCGGAAGGGGAGCCACCAAAAUUUCCAAGUGACAUUGCGAAUCUUGUUGAAGGACUUUUCCCUGACAUGGAACCGCAAGCAGCCAUUGUCAACUUUUAUUCUCCAAAAGACACUUUACAAUUACAUCGGGAUGGUGCAGAAAGUGUUGAUCGUGGCCUUGUUAGCAUCAGUCUUGGAUGUGAUUGUAUCUUCAUGAUCGCCUUGGACAACCCCAAAUCCGAGAACGACCAUUUAGUUCUCCGUCUCAGGUCUGGCGAUGUACUCUACAUGCAGGAAGACUCUCGAUUUGCUUGGCAUGGAGUUCCAAAGAUAAUUCCUGGUACGUGCCCAGAUUAUCUCGCAGACCUCGAAUUGGAUAUAAAAAAGUUUCCACAUUUCAUGACAGAUAAAAGAAUCAAUUUGAAUGUGCGACAAGUGCGAGAGCGAAAAUCGGACCGUUGAUUCGCCAAUCUCAACUUAGCCCCUUUAUGCUUAAACCGCCAUGUGAUAGUUUCCGACUAAUUUACGGUCUACCCGAUGCAUUGAUAACAAUCCACACACUACUACAUUUCCUUAUCAGUUCCAGCAAAAUUUUAAUAUAAAAAUUCGACACCCA